CUGUGUAUUACCUAGCACGUUGGCAUGUCUGUAACGAGAAGAAUCUUAGCGACACCUGCAAAAAAUUCCUAUGGAUUGACUUGGAGACACGGAAAAGAAUCAUCUUCUUGCUCUUGCCCCCAAGCAGAAGCAGACGAGACGAAACAAAAACAGACAAACAGUCAGGCGCAGGCAGGGGCCGGCUGCCGCUCGGGAUGCAGGUCACCGCAAAUAAAAUCAAUAUGUGAACGAAAGGAUAGCGAACCGACUCCACGAUUCGAAUCUAUAUACCUCUGCCCUUUAAUAAACAUGACAUUUACCAUGGGUGAAACGGUUGAGCUCAACAACUUAGUUCACUCAGAUGAAGAUGACGAUGAAGAAGAUGAUGAUGGAGACAUGGGCAUCUUGGGGCGAUGUGGAGGAGAUGAUGGUGACAUGAUGCUCUACAUGCGAUUGAGUACAAAUAGAGGCAGCAGUGGAAAUCUUUCAAAUGGCAACAUUGCUGUUCGCCACUUUUCACCUGGCAGUUCAAAUUGCUUUAACUUCUGGAGGCUCUCAACAUUUGGACAAUGUCCUUACCUGGGACUGGUUCUUGCAACUUUAUCAUCUUUGUUUUUCUCUCUUUGUUCAGUCAUAGUUAAAGGCUUGGUGAAUGUUCAUCCUAUGGAGCUGGCUGCUUGUCGUUUUGUUGGUGUUUUACUUCCAACUAUACCUAUUGUGAUAUGGCGAGGAGAUCAUGUAUAUCCUCGUGGACGCAGAAUCAUGCUUCUUCUGCGAUCAUUCGUUGGUACAACUGGACUCAUGUUGAGUUUCUAUGCCUUUCGCCUCAUGCCACUAGCUGAUGCAUCAGUUGUUGUAUUUAGUGUUCCUGUGUUUGUGGCAAUCUUUGCCCGUCUAUUCUUGAAAGAGCCUUGUGGCCUGUGGAAUGUCGUAUGUGUAUUACUCACUCUGAUUGGAGUUGUUUUGAUUACUCGUCCUCCCAUGCUCUUUGGAAACAGUGUUCCUGCAUUGUCGGCUGAAAAUGGGGAGCCUGAAUCUACCAAUGUUUGGGGAGCUGUUGCAGCAUUCAGUGCAACUUUGUUUGGUGCUAAUGCAUAUGUUUUACUUCGAGCUUUGAAAGGACUUCAUUUUUCUGUUAUUAUGACUAACUUUGGAACAUUUGCACUGUUUCAAACGCUUCUUACAACUUGGGCGCUUGGUCAGCUUUGCUGGCCAGCAUGUGGAACUGACAGACUUCUAGUGGUUGCUCUAGCUCUGUUCAGUUUUGGAGGUCAAAUUUUACUCACUCUCUCCUUGCAACUCGAGCAAGCUGGACCAGUUGCCAUUGCUAGGUCAGCUGAUAUUGUCUUUGCAUUCAUUUGGCAAGUGCUCUUCUUUCAUGAAGUUCCUAAUCGAUACUCCAUUGCAGGAGCUGUGUUAGUGACAAGCUCAGUUCUCCUCACUGGGGUUCGGAAGUGGUUAGUUGCCAUGCCCAGCAAUUCUCGUGUGAAAAAGUCAUUGGGAUUUUUAGCUACUUAAAAGUAACUGCUAAGCUCAAAUGUUUUUGUUGUUUUUUUACUUAUUUAUUUGUUUUACCCAUUCUUUUGUCUUAUCUUCAGACCAGGAGUUGUGUACACUGCAGUAUAACUAAUGCCCUGUAAGUCGUCACCAAAUCUUCUUGUGAUAUAUUUACCAAAUCUUACAAACCUGUAUUUCUGUUUUGUAACUUUUCUGUUUUCCAAUACCUAAUUAGUAGAUCUGCAUCCUUAUUAUCCUAUUAUCUUAACAUUGUUCUAGUCUGAGGAAAUUUUAAAAAGAGUGUUUGUCAUUUCCCAUUAUAAAAAAAUUCCAUCAUUUUCUUUUUAUGUUGGAGGAAUUACAUGCAUCAACCUAUACUCAUUCGUCCAAGAAUAUGUAAGGCAUGAGUAAAACGACCAGAAAUUAUGUGAAGUGGAAUUAGCAAUACUCUAUCAUUGUAUUUUAUUUGAAAUUGUCAGAGUAAGCGUUUUAUAAGUGCUUUUUUUUUUAAUUUCAUGAACUAUGACAGUUAUGCUUGCAGCAGUGAAGCAUAUAUAAGAAUGUGAUGAUCUGUAAGUAGCUGACUGUGAUCUCUUAUAUUUAGGUAGAGCUUUUUUAAUGUACAAUAUUUCAGAACCAUUUUAAAACCAACAAUGAUUUGUUGGUUGUGGAAAUUCUGACAGCUAAUAUUUCUCCUCUCACACACACGUUUUGUUUGUCUUGUCAACACCGGAAGGAUAAUUAUUUGUAAGCCAUAAGCAGAUAUUAUUUACUCUCAAGUCUUUUAUUAUUAGUCAUGUUCUCCAAGGGAUUCCAUUGUUAUGUGAAGAGUGGUUUUGAUUUAUCAAUAGUGGUAUUAGGUGUGACUGGAGUCUCUCUAUCUAACUCUCAUAAUUAUGUACUCUCCUUCCUUUCAUUCUGUAAAGGUUGCCAAAAAGAGUUCUUCUGUGAAUUUGAGACUAUUCCUAUGACCAGCUCAGCAUAGUAUAGAUUUUAUAUUUUGUAAGGGUGCAAAAGGUACCCCCCCACACACAAAACAAUCAAGUAUUAUUGAGAUAUUGAAGGUGUUAGUGAGAUAGAUCAGCACACUAAUGUAAGGCUUAACACAAUAUGUAUACAAACAGUGCAUACUGGUAUGCACAAUAAUUUCUUGUAGUACGUAUCUUGAUAAUGUCAUCACAGGAUAAAAGACUGAACAGUUGAAUGAAACGCCAUGUAUGAGAUCUGAAUGCCGUGUAACAAGAUUACAGUAAUGUAUUAACGAACAGGUUGCGGCACAAGUACUCAAGAAAAUUUCUAAUAAAGAUGUUUUUAGGAGGAAGA